CUGCGCUCAGAUUUUUUUCCAUUUCGCCGUUAUUAAACGUUUAUAGAGUUCACAAAAGAGCAAGAGGAUUUGUGCAGUGAGGCACCACAAAAAGCGGAGGAUGAAACGCGAUGUCAGAAUCCUUUUACUAGGGGAACCCAAAGUGGGGAAGACAUCUCUCAUCAUGUCUCUGGUUGGGGAGGAGUUUCCUGAACAGGUGCCUCUUCGAGCUGAGGAGAUCACGAUACCUGCUGAUGUCACACCAGAGAAAGUUCCCACACAUAUUGUCGAUUACUCAGAGAGUGAACAGACAGAUGAGGCCCUGAGAGAGGAAAUAGUCAAAGCCAACGUUGUGUGUGUGGUUUAUGACGUCACACAGGAGGACACCAUAGACAAGAUCAAGACUAAAUGGAUUCCUCUGGUCAAUGGGGGAGCCGAGAAAGGGAGCAAAAUUCCCAUUAUCCUGGUUGGGAACAAGUCUGACCUGCGCUCUGGCAGUUCCAUGGAAACCAUUCUGCCAAUCAUGAACCAGUUCUCAGAGAUCGAAACAUGUGUGGAGUGCUCAGCUAAAAACUUGAAGAAUAUCUCAGAGCUUUUCUACUACGCUCAGAAAGCCGUCCUGCAUCCUACAGCUCCUCUCUAUGACCCAGAGAACAAACAGCUGAAGCCACAGUGUGUUCGUGCUCUGAGUCGAAUCUUCACAAUCUCUGAUCAGGAUAAUGACCACAUUCUCAGCGACGCAGAACUCAACAGUUUUCAGAAACUGUGCUUCGGGAACCCGUUGGCUCCUCAGGCGCUGGAGGACGUGAAAACAGUCGUGUGGAAAAAUACUAGUAAUGGAGUUCAGGACAACGGACUCACUCUGGACGGGUUUCUGUUUCUGAACACCCUGUUCAUUCAGAGAGGUCGCCAUGAGACCACGUGGACAAUCCUCCGAAAAUUUGGCUACGAUGACACACUGGAGCUCACAGACGAUUAUCUCUACCCACCGUUGCGCGUUCCUGUGGGCUGCACCACAGAAUUGAAUCACCUGGGUUACCAGUUCCUACAGAGACUCUUUGAGAAGUAUGAUGAGGAUAAGGACUCUGCCCUGUCUCCUGCGGAGCUGAAGAGCUUGUUUAGUGUAUUUCCCUACAUGCCUUGGGGUGCAGAUGUGUACACAGCUGUCCCCACCACAGAUCAGAACUACAUCCCUCUGCAUGGCUACCUCUGCCAAUGGACGCUGUCGGCGUACCUGGACAUCCAUCGGUGCCUGGAAUACUUGGGUUACCUUGGUCACCCAAUCCUGACAGAACAAGACUCACAGACUUCAGCUAUCACAGUGACCAGGGAGAAGACCCUGGACUUGGAGAAAGGGCAGACGCAGCGCUCCGUGUUUCUGUGUAAAGUGAUAGGGCCACGAGGCACGGGGAAGACAGCCUUCCUGCAGGCCUUUCUGGGGCGGAGCCUAACGAGACUCAGUGAUUCGUCAGGUGUUUUUUCCCUCUACACCAUAAACACAGUGACUGUGGCAAACCAGGAGAAAUAUCUCAUCCUGUAUGAAGUGGACGUGGAGAUGGAGUUCCUGAAGGCAGCGGACGCGGCGUGUGACGUGGCCUGUCUCAUGUAUGACGUCAGCGACCCAAACUCCUUCAACUACUGCGCCAGUAUUUACAAGGAGCACUAUAUGGACAGUGGUAUUCCGUGUGUGUUGGUGGCGUGUAAGUGUGAUCUUCCUGAGGUGAAACAGCAUCACGGAAUGAGUCCGUCGGAAUUCUGCUACAAGCACCGACUUCCUGCUCCUCAACCCUUCAGCAGUCUACACACACACUCCCACACACACACACACUCCCACAUCUACAGCAAACUGGCCUGGGCAGCUAUGUACCCGCACCUGAACGGUUCGGACAUGAGUAGUACAUCGUUUUGGCUGCGUGUCACUCUUGGUGCUGCCAUGGCAACGGUCCUUGGAUACGCCCUGUACAGAGCAAUCAGCCGAAACAAAUAACACACACACUCUCUUUGACACACACACACACACACACACUCUCUCUCUGAAAUACACACUGACUGACAUUCUGUCUUUCCAUUUUGUUUUCUGUCAGACAAAAGCAUUGGUUUGGGUGCUUCACUGGUCACUGAGGGAGAACACACACACACGCACACACAAAAUGGAUUCUCUUGUUAGCCCAUGACCAUCAUACUACUUUGACCUCACACUUUUGACCUCAAGGACUCCUGUGGUUAACCCCUUGACCUAAAAUUCAAUUCAAUGGGACAUUGUAGGACGUUUGCCGAAGCCACAACAACCUCCACACAUUUCAGCUACACACACACACACACACACACACACCACACACACACACACACACACACAUACGCACAUACACACACAGACACUCACACACAAACACACACAGCCAUAUAACCAGUGACUGAAGCAUUUGACAUCUGAACUUUAGUGUGUGUGUGUGUGUGUGUGUGUGUGUGUGGUUAAUAAUCAAAGACAGUUGUGUGUGUGUUUAGUCCUAACUCCACACGCUGACCAUCAAAUAGAGAAUGUUUUACUGUUAGUGUUUAGUAAUCAAACUCAUCAAUUAUCAUUUAGUAAUAAUUUAGUAAUCAAACUCAUCGAGUCCACAACAGGUGUCAUUCAGGGUCAAGGUCAAAGGUCAUGCACAGUAAACAAAAUGAAGAGAAUGUGAACUCUGGGGCCAUACUCCAAAAACCUGCUCUUCUCUGGUCCAUCCCUGG